CCCCCCCAUCCUGUCUCCGUCCAUCCGGAUCCCGUGUCAUCGUCCCUGGGGGGGGGACUCUGUCACUGUUGGGGGCGGGGGGUGCCCCCCAAAUUCCCCCCCCCCUUCCCCCCCCAAAUGAAAUAGGGCCCCUUGCUCUGUGCGGGGUGGGCCGGCGCUGAAUGGCCCCCCCGCUACGAUGCUGGCCCCCCCCCUGAAACGAAGCAGCACCCGUCGUCACCCGCCUCGGGGGGGGACCCCGCUAUGGGGGACGCGGAGGAGAGACUGGUUUGGGGGACAGAGGGAGGGGACGGACGUCGUACCCCCCCCGGCCAGUUGGGGAGGGGUGAAGAUGAGGCGGGGGCAGCCGUUUCGGGGGGCGCCUGCGAUAGCGAGGAGCCCAAGAGCCCCCCAAAAGUGGUAGAAGAGGAAGAGGAGGAGGAGGAAGAGCUGGAUCCCAGGAUACAGGAGGAACUGGAGCACCUCAACCAGGCCAACGAGGAGAUCAACCGGGUGGAGCUCCAGUUGGACGACGCCCGCACCGCUUAUCGUCGCAUCCUUUCCGAAUCCGCCCGGAAACUCAACGCCCAGGGCUCCCAGUUGGGCAACUGCAUCGAGAAAGCUCGACCUUACUACGAAGCCCGGCGCUUGGCCAAGGAGGCGCAGCAGGAGACGCAGAAAGCGGCGCUGAGGUACGAGCGCGCCGUCAGCAUGCACAACGCCGCCCGCGAGAUGGUUUUCGUGGCCGAGCAAGGGGUGAUGGCCGACAAGAACCGCUUGGAUCCCACCUGGCAGGAGAUGCUCAACCACGCGACCUGCAAAGUGAACGAGGCGGAGGAAGAGCGACUUCGGAGCGAGCGGGAGCAUCAACGCGUCACCCAACUGUGUCAACAAGCCGAGGCCAAGGUCCAAGCCCUCCAAAAAUCCCUCAAACGCGUCAUCGUCAAGAGCAAACCCUAUUUCGAGCUGAAAGCCCAGUUCAACCAGAUCCUGGAGGAGCACAAGGCCAAAGUGACGGCGCUGGAGCGGUUGGUGUCCCAAGCCAAGACGCGGUAUUCGGUGGCCCUGCGCAACCUGGAGCAGAUCAGCGAACAAAUCCACGCUCGUCGCCUCCAACGCCUCAUCGUCCGUCGGGCUUCGCCGGUGGGAGCCGAAGCGAGUCCUCAACACGCCGGUAGCGAGGUCGGGGGGACAGGAGGGACGCAUUUGGGGACCGAAUGCCCGCCGGGUGACACCCUUUCGGUGCUCAGCCUUCAAACCAUCGCCUCCGACCUGCAGAAGUUCGACUCGGUCGAACAUUUAUUGGGUCUGUCGGACGCUACCAGCCUCAACAGCGAGGAAUUGGAGGAACGGGAGCAACGCCGGGGGGGGCAGGGGCAUUUCAAACAUCACCGAAGCAUCAGCCUUUAACCCCCCCUCCCCCUAUAAACCCCCGCCCUCCCCGGUGGCUUUUUACCCCCCCUUCACCCCCCAACCAGGGGAACCCCAACGGGGUCUGUGGCGCAACCCCACUGCGGUGGGGUGGGUCGGAGCUGCCGGGGGUGACGCUUUAAAGCCCCUCGUUGAUGAAGGUGAUGAUGGGG